AACGCGCAGCCGCGUAUGAGCAUUUUCGUAAUUAGUAACGUGCUGGAGCGACAAAGCCUCCAUAUCAGACUCGGGUCUUGGUGGCCGGCCGGCGACGAGGCCACACCUAUGGCGGACGACGCCCCGACGGACGAGCAGCUGCUCUCCUACGCCGACCUACCCAAGAACGGCCGCGACAUGGCGGGCAUCUCCUUCCACGGCGGCAACUGCUGCAGCGACGUCAUCUACAGCCGGAGCCGGCCUGACGAGCCCGGUUGCCCGCAGGCCUGCGACAGCCAGGGGAACAUCGUGCUAACUGGUCCAUCAGUGGCCACCUCCGCAUACGGGCCUGUCGUCUUCAACCUCCAGCUCCACGACAACAGCCAAGAAUCCCCCUCGCAGCAAGAUAAGGACGAGGAGGAGGACACCGGGAGGCUACUCUGCGACACCGUCGGUGGCAGCUUCUCCAACUACAACAGGGCCAUAGUCGAAACAGUUAGCACUCGCUACGGCCCCGCCGACGUGACCUACGCCGUCCUGAGCAACGGCGUCGAAGGCCGCGUCACUGUGAAGCUCGCUUGCUUGGAUGGAGAAGGCCCCGCUGGCGUUCUGGGGAGGAUCGUAGCGCGCAGCAAGCUGUUCAACGCCGGCUGCAUGCUCUUCUGCAACGAGCACGGCAAUGGCAACAACAUGCGGGUGGGAUCCGGGGAGCUGGUUCCGUUGGCGAGGCAUGUCCUUGCGGUGCCAUUGCACAUGCCGCUCACGGUUGAGCUGGACCUGCGUCGCGACUCCGGCGAUGAGACCGUGAGAGGUGCUGUCGCGUUUCAUCCCGCGACCGAUGGUCAGCAUAUGGAACGUGUCAUGGGCGCUGGUGGCGCUGUAAUUGAAGUGUCAAUCUCAUGGUCAGACUACCCAUGGUAGUGCAUGCCCAUCACCCGUUAGGGCUGCUCAUUAUUAUUGGGAAGGACCACAAAUAAGUGUUGUUUGAUUUGAGUCACGUAAUCUUCUUUCUUUUACUUUUAUGUAAGACUAUUUAGCUACUGGAUACUUUUAUGUCUUUAAUAAAAGUGGUUGUCUACACUGUA